UGGUGAUGGGUUGGUUGUCUGUCAUACAGCUCAGUGAGGACAAUGCACGAGUGGUUCUACUGGCCAUCGUCCUGCUGCUGUACAUGGUUAUGGGAGCACUCCUGUUCCAACAGCUGGAGUCUUCCACUGAGCUCGCAGUGGCGGGGGACUACGCCCAGAUGUUGGCCCAGGUCCGUGCUGCUCUAGACAACACUACCCUUGACAACGCCACCCUAGACCGUCUCCUAGACCUCCACUCCACUGUCACCUCAGGAGGAGGUGCGGGCAGACGAUGGGACUUUGCCGGCAGUUUUCAUUUUGUCAGCACUAUAGUUUCAACAAUAGGAUACGGCAACACCACCCCUCAGACCGUGGCUGGACGUAUAGCUGUGAUAGCUUACGGUUUCCUCGGAUGUUCCAGCGGCAUCUUGUUCUUCAACCUGUUCCUGGAGAGGAUCAUCACACUACUAGCCUACAUCCUACGAGCCAUAUACUUGAGAAAACUCAGCAAGGAAGGUCAGGAUGUUGACGAGGACGACAGUCUAGACGAGUGGAAGCCCAGUGUAUACUGGGUAAUGUUGUGUCUAGUCGUAGCCUCAGUGGUCGUCGCUGGAUGUGCUUCAGCUCUCUACUGCCCGCUGGAGAACUGGACAUUCUUCGAAUCCAUUUAUUUUUGCUUCGUUUCUUUCGCUACGAUAGGUUUCGGAGACUACGUGUCCACUCAGGGCCCUCAACGUCAGUACCCGUACCCGGAGUUGUACCGGGUCGCCAACUUCAUUCUGAUAGUGUUAGGCUGCUGCUGCAUCUACUCGCUGUUCAACGUGACAAGUAUUGUGGUGAAGCAAGCAUUGAACUGGGUGAUCCUCCACCUGGACUGUCAGUGCUGCGACCGUCAAGGCAAGGCUGGUAGGAUGCUGAGGAGACAUUCGCUGAGACUGCAGCAGAGAAGGAGGUCGAGCAUCACGUACCCGAGGAGUCUCAGGAAGUCUACUAGGACGAAGCGCAGCACGCCGAUGUGUGACGUAGUGGCGGAGACCGACUCUGCAGGAUACGACUCUGAGGCGGGAGUUGACUCUCGGGGUCGGAGACUGUCUGGGGAACUCAUCUCUAUGAAGGACUUCCUCACGUCCAACAAGGUAUCUCUGGCAGUGAUGCAGAAACAGCUGUACGAGACAGCGAUGAUGCAGCGGGGUUACACCGAGGACAACAAGUCCACGGGGAAGUUCACCCCGGGAUCUGUGGGUCCUUUGGCCAUCGUCACCCAGAAACUGGGCGACACCUCGUCCGCGCGGUAGCAGGCGGACCCCAGCUGAUAGGGCGACAUCAGGCUGUGAUUAGGCUAGGACUGUUAUGUGCUUUGACAGUGGAGGGUGACUUAAGGAACUUAUAGUGCAAUGUAAACGAUUUGUAUUGGGUAUACAGUAAAUAGAGAUGACAGAUUUUAUAAGUAAAUUGGGUAAGGUAAGGAAAUAUUUUGCUGCAAAAAUAUUCUGGACUUAAAGUUAAUUUUGGGUGAUAGUCGGUUGUUUACAGACAUUUCCAUUACAGUUGUAAAAAUACUUAAGAAUCGUUUUGAAGAUAUAAAAAUCUUUAAGAAAGUACCUUAAACAUAAGUCCGGCCAUAGCAGGGGGAAUCGCAAAAGAAAAUUCAUACAGAGAACUGUGUCGUGGUCAAAACAUGAAAAAUAUACUGAAAGCAAGUAAUAGUUAUAGUCUGUAUGAUAGAUCCUGUCCCAUUAAACUCCGUCUAUCUGGGACCAUCCUGGGACUGGCCCGGGCCUCAUACCAUUGACCAGUUUCCAUGUAAAUGGAGGGUUAGGAGACAUGUCCCAUCUUACAGACUAUAUUAGAUAGACAGUAGCUCACAAUGAACAUGUUUUCACAACAUGGUGGCUCAAGGGAGCUUUUAACUGUGUGUUGAAAUAUUUUAAAAUUUAACCAUACUAUUUUGAAGAAAUUAAGCUUGUUUACACAACCCUUUUCCCAUAAAAAAAUCUACUAUUUAUUUACACAGUAUUUAACUGACUAUAGCGAUUGAAAACAAAUGAGAUAAUACAAUGAAGUUAAACACUACUGUAUUUUAUUUCUACAUAAACAACAUAGAACACAGCAUUUUGAGAUAAGAACAGGCUUGUAUGUUAAUCGAGAAUAUGAGCCAUAAUGCCAAAUUUCAGCCCAACCCAACCAGUAGUUAAUGCGUGAUUGAACUUCAAACAAACAAACUUACAAAAAUUCACAUUUAUAAUAUUAGUAAGAUUAUCUAGCUAGGAACCCCUUUAUCAUAAAAUUAAAUGAUAUAGAAAAUGCAUUAAUAAGUAAAAAUACAAGUGUAAAUCCAAGUUGACAAGCUUUAGAUGGAUAAAAAAGCAUACACGUAAAGCGAGGUAAUUAGUAGGCUGAAGUAGUUUGUGACGCUGAGCUCAAGGCAAUUACUGACUUCUUAUUGCACCACCCCUCUACACCUGUCGAGAUUAGCUUUUUGGCCUUCUCAAUCAUAGCCGGCUGCUUAGUUUGAGGGAUUGCGAUAUCUUCAAUAAAAAACAUGAAAGAAACGUAUGCCUAAGUUUUGAAAGUAAAUUUUUAUAGAGGAUGAUUUUUUACAGCGAUAAACGUAACACCGCUCGUACAUAAAUGAUUUUUGCAUGUAAUUUGCAUAACUCCCUAAAUUCUCCUACUAUAUGAAACAAAGAAAUUAAUUCUAAAACACUUGGAGAUAUAAUUUCUUUCAAUUUUACCAUCGUAUGAGGAGCUUAAAAAAUAUAUCUAUCUCGUUUCUGUGAACCAAUUUCCAAACUUUUAUGGGUAUGAAGUUUUGUUGUUUUUUUGUUGUUGUCAUACAGAAUGUAUGACUGACUCUCUUAUUACUGUAUAUUCAAUGCAAAGUUUGCUUAUAAAUUGACGAACCGAUUUUGAAUAUAGUUAAUAUAGGAAGUUAAACUUUAAUGUAUAUUUUAUUGACCUCUCUCUACUAAAGAUAAAACGAGAGAUGGUUAGCUCUUUCAUACUUAUUAGCUGAGUGAUUUACUUGAAUUACUUAAAGGGGUAAAAAAUAGGUAAAAUUUCUUUGCACAUAGAAUUGUAAAAAUUACAAAAAUGUUUACCAUGUAACAAAGUUUGUGGAAGAAAUCGUUCAUUCAUUCCAAAGAGUAACCUUGUUCAUCGUGUAUCAUGAAGGUUUUCUCUUUACAAAUACUUCUGACAUUGUAGAAAGAAUAUGACAAGAUUUUCAGUGAACUAUGAGUAUAAAAAAAAAUGAUAAAUGCUUAUUAGUUUUAACAGUAAAAAUUAAAAAAAAAUAAGUUGAUACAGGUUAAAAUAAUGAAAACCCUUUUUUUGUAUUGACUUGAAUUUGUAUUAUCCAGCAAUUUCCCUUUUAUAAGCAUUAAAACUCAAAAAAUAAACAAACUUCAGAGAAUUUAAUGUUAACAAUCCAAACUUAGAUGAAAACUAUAUCUUAUAAUAGUAAAAUAAAUACGACAACUCCCUUAGCUAAAUAAAUUUAUAACUUCGUAGUUUAUAGAAAGUUGUUGAUUGCUUCAAAACAUUUAGUACGUAAGAGUAUUAAGAGUAUUAACUAUAGUAAUAUAUUUUUAGAAAAUGCUUAUUAGUCUGUUGUAAAAUACGAAAAUAACUCAUAUAAUUAUAUUUUUUUAUAGUUUCUCAGCCUAAAAAACUAUUAAGACUUAGUAAGCUAACGAAACUUAAAAAUUAUAUUUUCGUAAUGCUCACAUGUAAAUUUGUUUCAGUUAGAUAAUUUAACUAAACCUCGGUUGCGAAACAUGUUAUAUUUUAUUUAUUCGAAAUAAAAAUCUCUAAGUAGUA